AUGAAGUUGAGCAACUGUAACAAGACAACAGGACAGUGUAACAGUUGUAAUAUUGGAUGGUACGGCACAAACUGUCAACAGAACUGUAGUGAAGGUUGUUUAAAUAAUAACUGUUCUAAAUCAGAUGGAACUUGUCCUGUCUGUACGGCUGGUUGGUUUGAUGUAAGAUAUUGUAACAAUGGUUGGUUUGGUAUAAGUUGUGGAUCAAGAUGUUCCAGUAAUUGUACUGCAGCGUGCGAUAAAUCAAACGGCACUUGUAAUGAUUGUAGACCUAAUACAGUAGGUCCAUAUUGUAAUUCAACAUGUGGUAGUGGAUGUCAACCAAUCCCAGGUAAUAUAACAUGUAAUAGAAAUGGUAGAUGUACCAGUUGUAUUAUGGGAAGAUAUGGUGAUAGAUGUGAUAAUAAUUGUAAUAUUACAUGUAAUGGUGGAUGUGAUAGAUAUAAUGGUACCUGUAUUAAUGGAUGUAUUAAAGGUAAAACUGGAGAAUAUUGUGAUAAGAACUGUAAUGAUAAUUGUAUUCAUUGUAAACAAGAUGAUGAUAACUCUUGUACUGAAUGUAAAAAUGGAAGAUGGGGAACAUCGUGUAAUGAAUUAUGUAGUGUUAACUGCAAGUCACAAAAUGCUUCAUCAACAGCACAAUUACCAUUAUAA